AUGUUCAACACCUCUACAACCCUCCUACAGUCGAAAAAGCACAACCCCAAACACUUCACCUCAAUCUUUGGUAUUGUAGCUACUCUGAUUCCCUUCCAAAUCGUUGUUAUCGAUGACGAGAAAGAAACCACGAUUAGGCUCGCCAUGGAGCAGCCUCGCCACUUCCUUCGGUUCUUCAUCGCAUCUUCGCACCUUUCCUUACUGAAGUUGCUUCCGCAGCUUACCUUUCGAUUAAGCACCUGUGUGAAUGAGCUUUCUGAAGUUCCAGUCAUCACUUGGGUGUUGUACAACAUCUUUCAACUGGCGGUUAACCCGAUCAACAAGAUAAGGAAUAAAUGA